CGUUACUCAAGAAAGAAUCAUUUCUAUGACACAAAGAUUAGUCUCGCUCAUUAACCAAAAUGCACUUUGCAAAUUAUCUCCUUUGCUUUAUUCCUUUUACUUUUGCUUGUAUAUUCUAUUUUGUCUUUAGCGAAGAGUCUUAUAUUUGGCUUGGUAAUGUUCGAUUGCACCUGUUGACUUCCAGCUUUUUAUUUAUUGAAGUGGAAUCCAUCUUUGCAAAAAGAAAAUAGAAAAAAGAAAAUGAGGGAGGGUAACGAGGAGGGUAUAAGAUGCAUAUUCUGGUGAACGAUUAAAAAAUCAAGGAUUACUGCAUUAUAAACUUCCACCCUUUCAUGGAGAAAAUCCUGGAAAUUUUGAUUGUGAAAAAGGAUUUACUAUUAUGUCAUCGAUAUUAUAUUAGUACAUGAAAA